GUUGCUGUCGCAAUGGCCUUCUCGUCCAGCGAUGUUGCCGCGAUGAUCGCCUCAGCUCCCCGCGGCGCCUUCAAUGGUGCCAGUGCAGAGCAGGUGCGUGGCUGGGUCGAUUUCGUCAUCAAUGUCGACGCAAUGCCUGCGACGAAGCACGAUCUGUUCUAUUACGUGUCCAUUGCGCGUCUUUUGGCGGAGACAGCAGGUAGCAUUUCCCCGGCAGAGUUCGAAGACCCUCACAUGAGGGAAAUGAUCAAGGCAUCCAUCCCCGUCAAUUCCACCCCGUAUGCCAGUGAAGAUGGUGAGAAGUGGCGGGCGUGGAAGAUCGUGCCCGCGCAGGUUGAGUUUGCGUUGAAGAUACAGGGAAAGUGCGCGCAGUUGGCAGCACCCGCGCCGUCGGCGCCAGUGCAGGUAGUCCACGCGCCGAACGAGUUCACUGGCAUGGCUGAAGCAGUCAAACAGUUCGCAGAACUGCAGUCUCAGAACUUCUCUACCGACGCGCUCCCGUCAGAAGAGGUCCUCGCCAAAUUCGAAGCUGCAGCGAAAGUGGCGCACGACAAGGGUCGGACGUGGAUCGGAUCAGCUGACGGCGAAGAUCUUCGUGAUCAUCACCGGCCCGCCUGGAGCCGCACUCCAGCGAUCGACGCUGUCAUUGGAGAUGGCUCUUACGAGGAUCGGGUCAAGCAGAGCGCGGCCGCCAAAAGGAGCGGCGCGUGGGUGGAAAAGGUUGAUUACAUCGGUUUCGCCACCUUCAUGGGGCACCUGCACGAGUGGGGCUUCAAGGUGAUUCUGACCAAAGCAUGCAGCGCGGCAGAUUUCCUCGCUUAUGCCCACAGCAUCAUCCGUAUUGCGGAGGAGCACGGAGGAGUCCGAACUGCCUACCAAUAUGACGUACUCCAACGGAGGGCUAUGGCCAGGGCUUUGGAAAGAGACGAGGUGGAUUUGACGCCGUACUUCACCAAGAUCGACCGCGACGUCCUGAAAGACGCGGAGGACAAGGUGGAGAAACAUUUUGCAGAGAUCGCCCGGGCCUCAGCCCCCAAGGGCCAGCCCAAGGGCCAGCCCAAGGGAUCGCAGAAAGGCUUCGACGAUAACGCCGCGUCCUCCAGCAACAAGGGCGGCAAGGGUGGCAAAAAGAACAGGGAUGGUGCGGACGUCUCU